AUGACGAAAGCUCGCGACGCUGCAGCGAUCCCUCAGUAUCUCCUUACUCCUUUUUCUCCCUCUCCCCCCUUUCCCACCGCAAUGAUCCCGACAGCGAUCAACGGUCAGCAAUCGUCCCCGAGGUCGCAUCUGGUGGGCAGGGUUGGCGAGUUCGAAGGCGAGCUUAACUAUUACCUGCCACUGCGAUUUAGGACCCACCCCGACCAGCCUCCUGACUCGGCCGCUGGGCUUUCCUCUCUCCACCGCACGCCUACUCAACAUCUUACCUCUCCCCCCCUCUCUCUUUCCAUCCACUCCUCCCCUCCUCUCUCCCUACCACGCCAGGACCCACCCGGAGCGAGUGAACCUCGUGACGCGGCCGCUGGGCUUCCCUCUCUCCACGGCUCGCCCCCGUCGCCCCUACCCUAG